AUGAGUAUACGUUCGACGAGGGUGCUGUGUGCGCGAACAUUUGCAGCAAGUGUGCAUGAUUUUGCUGCCGAAUUAAGGACAAUGAAACCAAAACAAACGCCUAAGCCAAAGGGUCGUUUUCAGUGGUGGAAAGAGCCGGUUUACUGUGCUCCACAUGUUCAUCCAUUGCGGCGUGGUGUUGAUUUCACUUAUCAAGAUGGUCGGCCGUUGUUUGUUUCAUCGAAAGAUGAGUUAAAACGGAAGCUGGAACAGAUCGAAUUAGGUAAAAAAGUGGUGAAAUUAUUGGGUGAGAUUAGAGAAGCAGAAUCAUUACAUGCCGAUGAACUGAGACGAAGAGAAGAAGAAGCGUUGAAAUUGCAGAGUUUGAGGCCGAUAGCAAAAGGCGACCAAUCAAUUUGUUGA